UCGAUCUCCCAUGUAGGCUGCGAGAGACCUGCAGGGGGGCGGCGGCUUUUCCACAAGAUGAGCCAGGCGCUGGGCUUCUGCCGGUGUUCUGCACGGUUCCCGCUCUUUUAACCCUGCAUCGAAAUGUAUAAAAGAUGACGGUCAACGGCCUCUGUCACCGGAAGUGCCGGACAAGAGACCGGAAGCGCGUAGGUUGUUUGCCUGGAGGAACCUGCACCUCUAUGGUAGCAGACGGAGGCCGCGGGGUCCCUCUGGCCCUGCCUCCUCGGUGGGCGGUCGGCCAAGAUGGCGGAGCUGAGCGGCGACGGGCCCGGCUCGGCUGGCGGAGGCGACUCGGAGGCGGGCCCAGGGGGGCUCCUCAUUCGCGUGACGGUGAAGACUCCCAAAGACAAGGAGGAGAUCCUCACCGGCGAGCGCGUCUCCGUCAGGGAGUUCAAAGAAGAAAUUUCUCGUCGCUUCAAAGCCAAACAAGAUCAGCUGGUUCUGAUCUUUGCUGGGAAGAUUCUGAAGGAUGGGGAUACCUUGCAUCAGCACGGGAUCAAAGAUGGCCUAACGGUGCAUCUGGUGAUAAAGACCCCACAGAAGACUCAAGAUCCUCCAGCGGCGCCUGCAGCUUCCCCUCCUGCUGCCAUUGCUACUGCUGCUGCCAUUACACCCUCUGCUGCCCCUGCUUCUCCUGCAGCCCCACCCCAGCCAUCCACAUCCAGCAACACACUCUCGGAUGUAGGGAGCAGCAGCCGGAGGAGCAGUGGACUAGGAGCCACACCAGGCCCAGCAGCAGACGGAAGCCCUGGCGGAGCCACCUCCAUCUUGUCUGGCUUUGGCGGCAUUGCAGGGCUGGGUCACCUGGGGAUGGGUUCCGCAAACUUCAUGGAGCUUCAGCAGCAGAUGCAGCGGCAGCUGAUGUCCAACCCGGAGAUGCUGUCCCAGAUCAUGGAGAACCCACUGGUCCAGAACAUGAUGUCCAACCCAGACUUCAUGAGGCAGAUGAUCACGGCCAACCCCCAGAUGCAGCAGCUGAUGGAGCGUAACCCAGAAAUUAGCCACAUGUUGAACAACCCUGAGCUUAUGCGCCAGACAAUGGAAUUGGCACGCAAUCCUGCAAUGAUGCAAGAGAUGAUGCGUAACCAGGACCGAGCCCUGAGCAACCUGGAGAGCAUCCCGGGAGGGUACAAUGCCCUGCGCCGGAUGUACACAGAUAUUCAGGAGCCCAUGUUCAGUGCUGCCAGGGAACAGUUUGGCAAUAACCCCUUCUCUGCCCUGGCCGGGAGUUCAGACACUUCAAACUCUCAGCCUUUGCGGACGGAAAACCGUGAGCCACUGCCCAACCCUUGGAGCCCUACACCGGUUUCUCAAAGCCAGGCACCAAGCAGCGAAGGGAGCACUGCAUCAGUCACAAGCCAAACCACGCCCACGGUGUCCAACCCUUUGGGGAUCAAUGCAGCCAAUCUAGGGUCUGGGAUGUUUAGCAGCCCUGAGAUGCAAGGUCUCCUGCAGCAGAUCUCGGAGAAUCCCCAGCUCAUGCAGAAUGUGAUCUCUGCGCCUUAUAUGCGUACAAUGUUGCAGACGCUUGCCCAGAACCCUGACAUAGCAGCACAAAUGAUGGUGAAUGCUCCCCUCUUUGCUGGCAACCCUCCGCUUCAGGAGCAUCUGCGGCUCCAGCUACCUGCCUUUCUACAGCAGAUGCAGAACCCUGACUCACUCUCUGUCCUGACCAACCCUCGUGCCAUGCAAGCCCUGCUGCAGAUCCAGCAGGGGCUCCAAAUGCUGCAAACGGAGGCCCCGGGACUGGUGCCCAGCCUUGGGACUUUUGGUACUCCUCGCAUACCCCCACCCUCUGCCGGAGGAAGCACAAUCCCUGAGACCCCCAUAUCCUCUGCUUCAACACCUGCUAGUGCCUCUCCAGCUGGGGACAGCGACCCCCACCAGCACCUCAUGCAGCACAUGAUCCAGCUACUGGCCGGCGCAAACUCUCAAGCGCAGACCCCAGAAGUGCGCUUCCAGCAGCAGCUGGAGCAGCUCAACGCCAUGGGCUUCAUAAACCGCGAGGCCAACCUCCAGGCACUCAUUGCCACUGGGGGAGACAUCAAUGCUGCUAUCGAAAGACUCUUGGGCUCUCAGCCUUCCUAACAUUGUCCUCCACCCUCCAAUCCACGACGCAAUAUCAAAACAGGGACCUCUUGAGGAGACUGUCAUUGUCAUAUCCUCCGACAGCUGUCCGUGAAUUUAAAAACUGGAACAAAAACUCUCUUCAGCUCUGCAGCCUGUUUCUGUUUUCCUCCGAACGCUUUUAAAAACUGCCCUGUGCAUGGAUGAUUCUAGUUCUUGUUAAAUGGCCAUUUUGAGACAUGUAUUUCCCCCCUCCCCCUACUUCUCUCCCCCCCCAAAUUAGGCUCCUCCUUUAAUUGUUUAAAAGUGUAACUUCUAGGUAACCCAAAUUAUUGUGUUGGAUUAGCUUGCCUUUUAAAUAUAAAAGCUGUAUUUUUUUCCCUGCCCACCCACCCGCCUAUCCGAAAGCUAAAUAUCAAGGGAAUAUCAGCUGCUUCCACCGCUCAAAGACUUUUUCUUGUUAAGAAUGAUCAGGAAGGGACAAGAUUUUUAAAUGCCAGUAGGUGGAAAAGGGCUGCUCUGGGGUUGUCCUUUUGCACGGUGACCCAGUCCCUCAAACCUGGAUGGACUUGAGCAUUGCGCCACCUUCCUGCUUUUGCCUUUCAUGGUUAUGGAAUAUUGGGAUGUCGAGUUGGGGGGGGGGGCUGCCCACUUGAGAUCAACCACGGAAUGUAACUGCCUCUUGACACAUCCGAAAAUGUGGUCUGUCAUUUUUCUCCCAUUCCCCCCUCCUCGUGUGCACCCGUUUGUCGCCACCGGUUCUCCAGUCAAAUCUUGAAAGAACAAAGAAUGAGGAUGGGGAAUCCUUCACAGGCAUGGGAUGCUAUUGAUAGUGGCCCCCCGUUUUAUUCCGUUUCUCCCAGCCCCAUUUCCCUUCCUAUUUAGUUCAGGGUAUUUAAAAUCACCUGACUGCCAAAGGAUGAUGUCCCAAGAGGCUCUGAAGGAGGUGUAAUUUACAACAAAAUUUACAUACCGUUUUUAUCCAGGAAUAAACUGCACAGAACAUCAGUCUUCCCUCCCUUUUUUGUGGGGGGCUUCAUUUCUCCUCCCCAGGCUUGCAGCCUGCCACAACAUCUCUUGGAUUCUUUGCUUGGUUGUACACAGCCGGUUCUUAUGCUUGGAAAGAAGUGUGGGUAGGAAGAUGAUAGGGUGAGGUGCACAGAAUGUCACUCUGCGUCAAGGCAAGACAGACCUGUCAGUGUCCUGCCUUUGGGUCAGUCCAACUUACUGUAUGUAUCCUGUUUGUUUUAAAGAUCAGAAUUCUCUGCCACAGUGUCUUGCAUAAAUUGGACAAACUUCA